CGCUGAGGGAGCGAUGGAGCUUUAAAGUCCUAAGAAAAUAGGAACGCAGAGGCGCUUCGGCUUUUUUCAGCCACGCUCUAGAAAUGGAGCUAACUUAUCAAUCGUUGCGAACGACGUACCAGGUCAAAGAAGAAGAACAAAUGCGAACCGAAGCCCGACGCAAAAAUCUCCUUAUUUUGAUUUUACAUUAUUUAACUGAAGAAGGGUAUGUAGAUGCUGCUAACGCACUGGAGCAAGAAACAAAGUCUGGGUUGCGUCAUUUUGAAGUUUGCGACAAUGUCGAUCUUGAGACCAUUUUGAUGGAAUAUGAAAGCUACUACUAUGUCAAGUUCCAGAAGUACCCCAAAAUUACCAAGAGAGCUGUAGACUCCACAGACAAUAAAUCAAGAAGUGGAGGGAAAUCAAAAAGGGCAUCUAGCAGUACGUGCCGGAAUCUUCCCAAGAUUAGCCAGCAUCAAGGGAGACCACAGUCCAAAGUGUCACCCACAAAAGUAGUAGAGCUCAAAGCCUCCUUCAAGGAAAACUCUAAGCAGGAGAAUGAAGGUCCUUUAAGCCAAGCAGCAUCGGAGUUUGGUUUAAACGUAUCUGCAAUCCACAAAGGAGGUGGAGAAGGCCCUCGUUCUAAAAGGGGCCAAAUCAUUGACUUCCGUGGGCUAAUUCACGAUGCUAUCAAAGGGGCUUCCAGUGAAAUUGCCUUACACAGCCUUAACUGCAAUCCAGAUCCUUCGGAACGACUGUUAAAACCUUUGGGCGCCUUACUUGGGAUGACAGCAGAAAUGAGGGAGCUUGCAACUGUUGUCAGUAAGGAUAUCUAUCUUCAUAACCCCAAUGUGAAAUGGAAUGAUAUUAUUGGACUCGAUGCAGCCAAGCGGUUAGUCAAGGAAGCUGUUGUUUAUCCCAUACGGUACCCACAGUUGUUUACAGGCAUUCUUUCUCCGUGGAAGGGACUUUUGCUAUAUGGGCCUCCAGGUACUGGUAAAACCUUGCUGGCUAAAGCUGUGGCCACUGAAUGCAAUACAACGUUCUUCAACAUCUCGGCGUCCACCAUUGUCAGCAAAUGGAGGGGUGAUUCAGAAAAGCUUGUCAAAGUAUUAUUUGAACUUGCCCGCUACCAUGCGCCUUCCACAAUCUUCCUGGACGAGCUGGAGUCAGUCAUGAGCCAGCGAGGCACCAUUCCAGGCAGUGAACACGAAGGGAGCCGGCGGAUGAAAACAGAAUUAUUGGUGCAGAUGGACGGCUUGGCCCGAUCAGAUGAUCUUGUCUUUGUUUUAGCAGCUUCCAACUUGCCCUGGGAACUGGAUUACGCCAUGCUGCGCCGACUGGAGAAAAGGAUUCUAGUUGACCUCCCAAAUAAAGAAGCAAGGCAGGCGAUGGUCCAGCAUUGGCUUCCGCCGGUGAGCAACAGUGGAGGAGUGGAGUUGAGGACAGAGCUGAAUUAUGCUUUACUCUGUCAGGAGAUGGAAGGCUACUCUGGAUCUGACAUUAAGUUGGUCUGCAAAGAAGCAGCUAUGCGUCCUGUGAGGAAAAUCUUCAGUGCUCUUGAAAAUCAUCAGCCAGACAGUGGGAACUUACCUGUGAUCCAGUUGGACACUGUCACAACUGAAGACUUCUUGGAUGUCAUCUCUCAUACCAAGCCCUCUGCUAAGAACCUAAGUCAAAAAUACGUUGACUGGCAAAGAGAAUUUGAGUCGGUCUGAGCCGAGUUUAAGAUCUGAAACAAUCAUCUAAGUUUCCAGCUCUUCCAUCCCACCCCAAAAGGCAGUCCCAACAAAUUUCUACUAUUUUUUUUUUACCAAGAGAAGAAACUUCAGUCAUUUUCCAAGCUGGAUACUAAGUUUUGAUGAUGGAGAAGAGGCUGCAAAUUGUUAUUUGAAGAACCUCAUUAUAUCUUUUCAGUUGAUAAGCCUCAGACUCAUACAAAAGGUGGGAAAACAUUUUAGCACUUUAUUUUAUGACUAAAACUGGCAGUUUUUAUUCUUGUGUCACCUAGAAGACUUCUGGGAUCCACUUUGCUGACUUAAUAUUUUGCUACUGUAAUUUUUUUCUUAGUGGGACAGAUAGCAGGAAAUGGCAAAGAAGGAAAUUAAUUGGCCUUCUCAGGUAUCUUUGUAUUAAACCAGUAGAUUCUGAACAAGGCCAACAUCCAUGAAGAAUAAACCAUUUUGGAGUCUCAGAGAUGACUUUCAGCGGUUUACUUAGAGUGACUAGUAUCUCUCAUCUCUCUACCCUUGGUCAUUUGGAGAUCUAAAACAGACACUUUCAAGGUUUUUUUUCCCUUAGGGAAGAGACGUGGAAAGUGUAGCAAGUUUUGUAUAAUGUACCUAGUGGAUCCCCAGAUUUAAACAGGACAGCGGCCAGGAAAGGAAGCAUUUAUCCUUGUCCUACCAUGUCUUCCACCACCACCCCAUUUGUUCCUUGGGAGGAACCAUUAUCAAGGCUGUGGAUCUGGCUUCAGUGGAAAGAUGGGAGACAGCCACUGUUAACAUGCUGUCUUCUGGCAACACCCCACUUUGAUGCACAGUAGCAGCUAACAGCAGAAUCAAUUUGUCUUAAUAUUUCUAUAAAGUCCUUACAUGUUGUGUUUGAGACAAAGCUUUCCUUCUCAAAAGAUCAUUGAUUUCCUAGAACUUUGCACUUCUGAGCUACAGUCCUGGACUCUUCUGGAGUUUUGAAUCCAACCCUAUGUGAUCCUCUUCCUGGGCCAUAUAGUACUGGUUCAUCCAGCCAGUUUCCAAGAUCGAAGAACUGUGUGUAAUGCGCAUCCACUUUUUUUCUAAAAAGUGCUUCAGGUUUGCCCAAAGCACCUGUCUGCAACAUCUUGAAGCAGCUAGGCUUUCCCAGGUCUUGUGCAAUCCUCGGAAAAAGAGACAUGUUGCAGACAGGUGGCGUAGGCAUGCUCAAGCACAUGCCAAGGUCCAUUUUGGAGACUGAAUCCAAAGUGCCAUACAGCUGUAAUGAAGCACCCUGAGGUUUGCAGCUCCCCUUUCCUUAAACUGGUCAAAUAUUCAUGUACGUGCCCCUUUGCUUUUAGCAUUUGGCGUGACUGGUGAAUUCACUCAGAUCCUCUGUAUUAAUGUUUUAGCUCCUCUGCAUUGGUUUAUUUAUAAGCUUAAUUUUAGCUGGAUGAGAGCGUUUAAGAAAUAUUUUUAAAAAUACAAUUUAACAGUUAAUAGAGAUGUGCUCUCAUGUUCUUCAUCUGAAGCACUUCACAGUUGCCUUAAAUUUAAAACCUUUCCCAUCGCUCUUCUUGGCCGAGCUGAUUGGGAAUCCCUGGAGUUCUUGAAGAAACUCACCCAGUCACCCGUGGCGAUGUCUGUACCAGUGUUUUCAUUUCACGUCCUUGCCCCCAAAAAGGUGUUUACUGGUAGCUGUCAGUGCUUCACUCGUGCAUACAAGAAAACGCUACGGAAAUAUGAAAAUCAAACUUUGGGAUUGCAUUUGCGGUUUGUUUUAAAUGCAACUUCCUUAAAAGGUACCAAUCUUAUCU